AUGGUAGACAACGACCUAGAGGCGGAAAUAUCGACCUUCAUUCAGGAGGGAGGGCAAUACGUCCGCAGGCAUAGUAGGUCAGAGACGAAAAAGAUGUUUUUCGGAAAAAUCUACAUUGCAGUCAUAACGCAGUAUGGCUGCUUCAUAUUGGUUUGUGUGGCUACGUUGUACGUAGACUGGGUACAGCAAUUUUUCACUGACCAUGGAUGGAUUUCUUUUGUUUUCAUGGCGCUGUUCUUCGCAAUGCUCGUGUUGUUGUCGGUCUGGAGCUCCCUGAGGCGAAGAUACCCUCUCAAUUUGGGCUUGCUGACCGUGCUGACCGUGCUGAACAGCCUAUGGCUGGCCUCGAUAGUCGCAGAGUACAAUUUGAAGAUAAUCCUUUAUUCGUUAUCGGCCAACGCGGGCAUCGCGACGAUUAUAUCUAUUUUUGCCGUGCUCUCGCCCUACGAUGUCAACGCCAGGCCGAUGAUCCUGCUAUUGAUCCUGGCGAUCAUCAUCGUCCUCUCGUCGACCUUCGGUGUGAUCAAAGUCUUCGUCAAAGAGCUCCAGUAUUUCGCUCUGGCCAUGGUCGCCUCGAUCGCAGCCUCGGUUUAUUAUUUCCUCGUCACAACAUUGGUGGUCAAAUCAGGAGACGUUGACGACACGGAGUGGGUCCUUGCAGUUCUGAUUAUCUACACGGCUGUGCCCCACAUGAUAGUCUACAUGAUACACACGAUAGGAGGCAUCUCUCCGUCUUAG